AAAACGGAAAAGGUGUGUAGUGGCGAAAUGAGGAGACGUUCCUUUAACCCAACAACGAUCUCCGAUCAACAAACCAUCCGCACUGGGUAGUGAUCACUCGUCGGAGACACAGACACAGAUGGGUUCCACUUCCGCCCUCGCACUGGAUUUUCCGUCCCCAAUCGCAACUACUCUCCGCACCGCCAAAACUACCCUUCACUCGUCUUACAAGCUCCGUCUCUGUUUGAUCAACACAAGGCACCAAGCCAUUCAGUCUCAUGCCUCUGGCUAUAGCCAAGCGUCUGAAUUGCCUGAUAUUAGUUGGGACAGUGUUGGCUUCGACAACCCUAUGACUACCGAUUAUAUGUUUACUGUGAAGUGUUCUGAAGAUGGGAACUUUUCCGAUGGUGGGUUACAGCGUUUUGGUAAAAUUGAGUUGAACCCAGCUGCCUGUGUUUUGAACUAUGGUCAGGGAGUAAUUGAAGAAUUGAAAGCGUACAAGAAGCUAGAUCAUUCUAUAGUACUAUUUCGUCCAGAGGAAAAUGGAUUGAGGAUGAGAAUGGGAGCAGAGCGCAUGUGUAUGCCUGCACCGACUGUUGAGCAGUUUGUGCAAGCUGUGAAACUUACUGUAUUGGCAAAUAGACGUUGGGUUCCGCCACCAAAUAAAGGCUUUCUACAUAUCAAACCACUACUUAUGGGGAAUGGACCUGUUCUUAGUCUUACACCGGCUCCAGAAUUCACCUUUCUCAUAUAUGCUUCUUCGAUGGGGAACACCUUUAAGGGGGGACUGGAACCAAUCAACUUAGUGGUUGAAAAUGAAAUCCAUCGUGCAGUUCGUGGUGGAGCUGGAACUGUUAAUGCCAUAGGGAAUUAUGCUAUGGUUUUGAAGACACAGGUGGAGGCAAAAGCAGAUGGUUUCUCUGAUGUUUUGUACCUUGAUUCUGUUCACAAAAGAUAUGUGGAACAGACUUCCACUGCUAACAUCUUUCUAGUGAAGGACAAAAUUAUCUCCACUCCAGCACUGGAAGAGACAAUUUUGCCUGGCGUUACACGCAAAAGUAUAAUUGAAAUUGCUUGCAGCCAAGGGUACCAGGUUGAGGAGCGCCCUGUGUCGAUUGAGGAAUUGCUAGAAGCUGAUGAAGUGUUCUGUACUGGAUAUGCUGUCUGUUUAUCACCUAUAGGCAGCAUAACUUACCUGGGAAAAAGGGUGUCUUACCAAGAAACUGGACUUGGUGGAGUUUCUGAGCAACUGUAUCAGGCUCUUUCAAAUAUACAGAUGGGUCUUGCAGAAGAAAAUAGGGGUUGGAUAGUGACCUUGAAGUAGUAGAAAACAUAGAUUAUCAUGGAUGGUAGACCGUAAACAAAACUUCCAUUGGUGAACAAUGAAUAAACGUUUCUGUAGUACAAAGUCUUGGUUCAAUUCAACCAAAUGGGACUAUACUUCAGUUUGAUAAUUCCGUAACGGAAAAAUGUUAGGUGACCUUACAUA